AUGACGCUAACGCUCUGAAGCCGAGUGCCAGUCUAUUCCGCCACCCGGCUGCUUAGUCGCUGCGGUGGCGGCUUCUGCAGCAAGCUUUUGUUGGGACCCUUCGAAGACUUUCGGCGUUUGCGAGCCCAGAGCGUCGAGACCCCCUUGAUGAGGAAAGUGAGGCUCUGAGAAGUUAACUGACAUGACCGUGAUCACACCAAUAAAUAGUGAUGGUUGGCCUGAGAGAUAGAGCCUCGUAACACCAUGUAAAAUGCAACAGAAGUAACAUUUGACCAUUUAGAAGUAUCCAGCUUUUUAAAAGUUGUGAUCUGACCUGUGGUGGGGAGGUAAGGUCACUAGAAUACUUUGUUUCCUGAAUGGUUUGAUGGCUUUCUUCCCUGACUCAAAUCGAAGUUGUCAUUCUCUACCAACACAAAAAAGGAAAGGAGUGGAUGACGCUGCCUUGGAAUGCCACCUCUGAUUCACUGACACAUGAAGAAAACCUCAUGAGUAGCAAUCAUAGAGACUCAGAGAGCAUCACAGAUGUUUGCUCCAAUGAGGAUAUCCCUGAAGUUGAGUUGGUGAGCCUACUAGAAGACCAGCUUCCUCAGUACAAGCUACGAGUGGAUUCCCUCCUCUUAUAUGAGAAUCAAAACUGGACUCAGUCUUCUCGUCAGAGUCAACAUGACUCUGACGCCAUUUCUCCAGUCCUUGCUGAAGAAACUUUCCGUUAUAUGAUUCUAGGCACAGACAGGGUGGAGCAGAUGACCAGAACUUACAAUGACAUUGAUAUGGUCACACAUCUUCUGGCUGAGAGAGAUCGAGACCUAGAGCUAGCAGCUCGUAUUGGACAAGCUCUCUUGAAGAGGAACCAUGUUCUGUCUGAACAGAAUGAAGCACUUGAAGAACAGCUGGGACAAGCUUUCGAUCAAGUGAGUGGUCUCACCAGACUCCUCCAUUUCUUAUUCUCUUCCCCUUCAAUUCUGCAGGUCCUGAUGAGUGAGUGCACAUCAGCUACAUCUUAUCUAAAAACGGCUUGUCAUAUCAAGACUGAAACAAUUACCUAUGAAGAAAAGGAGCAGCAACUUGUCAAUGACUGUGUUAAAGAACUCCGUGAAACAAAUGCUCAGAUGUCCAGGAUGACAGAGGAGUUAUCAGGGAAAAGCGAUGAACUGAUUCGAUACCAGGAAGAGAUCUCCUCCCUCUUGUCGCAGAUUGUUGAUCUUCAGCACAAACUUAAAGAACAUGUUAUUGAAAAGGAGGAACUGAGGCUUCACCUACAAGCUUCCAAAGAUGCCCAAAGACAGCUGACAAUGGAGCUCCAUGAGUUACAGGAUCGGAAUGCAGAGUGUCUGGGAAUGCUACAUGAAUCCCAAGAAGAAGUAAAGGAACUCCGUAGUAGAUCUAGUCCUGCGGCACAUUUAUAUGGCUCCCAACCAUUUUCUGCGGAAUCUCUAGCUGCUGAAAUUGAAGGAACCAUGCGCAGAGAAUUGAGUCUGGAUGAGGAGUCUUCACUCUGCAAACAAAAAGAGCAACAGAAGCGAGUGUUCGACACUGUCAAGGUAGCUAAUGACACACGCUGUCGGUCAACUUCAUUUCCUGUCCUGCUUCCAAUCCCGGGCUCCAAUCGGUCAAGUGUGGUAAUGACAGCAAAGCCAUUCCAGUCUGGUGUUCAGCAUUUGGACAGCAAUACACAUCUGAACCUGAGGAACAGCAUGAAUGAUGCAUCUAAGGACUCCCAGAAUAUGAAGCUGCCAGGACCCCCUGGAGACAAUGACUUAGCUACAGCUUUGCACCGCCUUUGUCUGCGCCGGCAGAACUAUUUAAGUGAGAAACAGUUCUUUGCCGAGGAAUGGGAACGUAAGAUACAUGUGUUGACUGAUGAGAAAGAAGAGGCCAGUGGCUGCAGCACACCCACAGGGAGCUUUGCCUCUCUCUGCACCAACCAGUCUGAGGUCACAGAUCUCAGUACCAGCACCAGCUGCAUUCGGGCUUUUAUGCCAGAAAAGCUACAGAUUGUCAAACCCCUCGAAGGAUCUCAAACUCUGCAUCACUGGCAGCAACUUGCACAACCAAACCUGGGAACCAUUCUUGAUCCACGUCCAGGGGUCAUUACAAAAGGAUUUACUUUAUUGCCAGAAGACACUAUUUAUCACCUUUCUGAUUUAGAAGAAGAUGAAGAUGGGGGCAUAACAUUUCAGGUUCAGCAGUCUUUUCAGGAGGAAGGGAAAUCUUCAGUAUCUAAGCCAGUUCUUGAUAUCUUCCUACCACCUCUUACUUCAGCCAGUGUGCCACGUACAGCCUCAAAUCCAGGAAAAUGUUUAUCUUCCACAAACUCCACAUUUACCUUUACUACCUGUAGGAUAUUACAUCCCUCUGAUAUCACUCAGGUUACCCCAAGCUCCAAGUUCCCAUCAUUAUCCUGUGGAAGUACUGGUAGCAGUACGCCUAGUACAGCUAUGAAUUCCCCAGCCCUGUCCUACAGGCUGAGCAUCGGGGAAUCUAUCAGCAGCCGCCGAGACUCUACAACUACUUGCAGCAGCACCAUGAGUCUGGCCAAACUUCUGCAAGAACGAGGCAUCUCUGCUAAAGUAUAUCAUAGCCCUAUUUCAGAAAACCCUCUCAUCCUCUCCGCCACUAAAGUCCCAGCUAUUCCCUCCACCCCACCAAAUUCUCCAUCCCAUUCGCCUUGUCCAUCUCCUUUGCCUUUUGAACCCCGAGCAUCUCUUUCUGAAAACUUUCUUGCCUCUCGACCAGCUGAAACAUUCCUACAGGAGAUGUAUGGCUUGAGGCCUUCCAGGAAUCCUCCAGAUAUUGGCCAGAUGAAGAUGAACCUAGUGGACAGACUAAAGAGACUUGGAAUAGCCAGGGUCAUCCAGACUCCUGAGAUGAAGGAAAACAGAAUAAGCCAAGGGACAGAACUUGGUCUGCGAAGACCAGACUCUGCUGCCUUUUUAAAUGCAAGUAGCAAUCUUUUGGGUGGACUCAGGAGGAAUCAGAGUCUUCCAGUCAUGAUGGGCAGCUUUGGAACCCCAGUUUGCACAUCUUCUCCCAAAAUGACUAUCUUGAAGGAAGACUGAAUUUUCAUAUGAAGGAUAAACUCAUAGUCUAAUGUGAAGGAAAAAGAAAGUUGCAGAAAGUUUGUGGAUGUGAAAGGAAAAGGAUAAUGAAGAUGAGUGUGGUGAGAAAAGUACAGGAGAAAAGGUGUGGUAUAGAAACACCUAUAAUAUAGGUGGAAGAGAUGGAUACAGGUAUUAGAAAGGAAGAGACAGAGCACUCCUGGAGCCUCAGGGUUUCUUGACUUGAACCAAAAAAAAAAAAAAAAAAAAAAAAGCAGCAGCAAAACUUAAGUAAAAUUCUUUAAUAAUAGAGCACAUCUGAAUUACAUUGUGGGCUUGUAUUCUCAUCCCUUUCUGGCUGAGAAUCACAAGCAGAAAGAAGUCAAUUUAUAGAGACAAAGAAUGAGAGCAACUUCCAUUGUCAUUUGAAAAUUCUUUUUUUCAAGGCUGGUGCCUAAGCCAGGGAUUAAUAUGACGAGUCCAGGCUGUUACUUAGCAGCAAUGAAAAAUUUUUACAUUUUUCCCAUUUGCUAUUUAGUUAUAAGUAUGUCUAUCACCUGCUAUUUUCACAGUUCAAACAAACAAAAAAACAAACUAGGAAUUUUACCUUUCCAUCAGAUCAGAAGAAGUCCAUGUUUCCUUCUGCCUCAUGUCCACCAAGCAAAUAGGAGAAUUAUACUGAGCACAAGCACUAUUCAAAUUCCUUUUAUAUUUGUAGCCACCUUUACAGUUUUUUAAAAUUUUGUAUUUUUGUACUAUGCAAAAAACCAAUGCUCUUAGGAAUUUCUUUAUUUUCUUUUUCUACUUUAGCAAGCUUAGUGAACUGCAACUAAUGAAAUUUCCUUUUGGAGGAGUGCAAUGGUCAAGACAUAUGGACAUAAUUAUGUGUGUCUCAGGUCUCCUUGGAGGCUGGGAAGAGUAUAAAGAAAAAGUGCAAUCCAUAGGAAUUGGGGGAUGUGAAUUUUUUUUUUUAAUAAAAAGUUGUUACAACUUUGGAAAGGAAUCUUUCCAGAGUGGGCUAUGCAUAUUUUUUAAUGGAAGAAUACUUAUAUUUGCACAAAGAAAUUCUCAGGCAUAUUGAAUUAUUAGAAACUGAAGAAAUACCCAGGUGCAUGCUUUGGGGUUGUAUUUUCAUUUUAUUCAAUCUAAAAGAAAAAUAUAACGUGAAAUAAAGACCAAAUAGGGAGUUGUUUUUCUGUGUUUGCUUGGUGAUAACUAUCUCUUUCCCCAAGAAUAUGCUUUUUAAAGGCUGAGGUUGCCUUUACUCUUCCAAAUAAAUUCCCUUUACAUCUAUUGGCAUCAGCAGAUCUUUUGGUACUGGAUUUCAGAUACCAAAAUAAAAUGCAAUUGUAACAGGAAGAAGCAGAUCCAUUUUUCUCAGACCCACUGAAUGACAUCUGCACCUCCAUAUAUUAUAGUAGCAUCAUUGAAUAGGACAGUUUGAAAAUAAGUGGAACCACCUAAGAGACUUGGUUGGUAAAAUAGGACAGAAAUGACUUAUUGCUCUUUUUGUUUCCAGAUGGGAAAAGCAUAAAUCUCUUUGGUGCUGACUUGUGUGGAUCUUACCACUUUGCCUCUUUUCUAUGGGUUAAUUUUGUUGAUAACCCUGAUUUAGUAAAAAGGCUUCUUUGGGUGAGCCUUUUUGCCUAGAAUAAUCAUGCUGUCCAUUAGACUUAUAAUUAACCUGUUUAUCAGCAGCAGAUGAUUCUUCCCUUUGGCUGCUAGAGGCUCCUUCCCAACUUUUGAGAAGCUGUGGACUCACCCAUGAGUGUAAAAAUCUCAGAUGGGAUAGGUCAGGAAAAAAAUCAGCUAACAGUUGUACAUUGUCAAUCGUGAGUUUUCAAUUCUUUUAGUGUUUUUUGUGGUAUAUUUUGAUACAGUUUCAAGUUUUCUAAAUGAUAACUUUUUUUUAAAGUGAGAACAACUUCCUCUUCUUUCCAUCUUGUGCCUAAAGAAUGCAGUCACAUGUUCAAAGAGGAAUCCCAAAUGUGGACAUUUAAACUGACACGAACAUGUCCCCUAACUGAAGGAUACUAAAAGAAAAAUUCUAGUUGCCUAAAUUACAGGAAAAUACAAAUCCCAAACCUCCACUUUUUUAAAAGGGCAUUUGAAUUUGUAUUUCUUAAAGUAACUGUGUAGGCUUCUUGCUUUCCUUAUAGUCAGAUUUUUUUUUCUUUUCCUCAAAUGAACUAGAUUUUUAUUGUGUCCUUUUGCUAGGAUAUUUAUGGUUUCUGUGAGGCAUCAAGAAGUGCUGCAGCAGAGUGCACAGGAGCCAGAAAACCGCACAAAGUGUCAAAUGUCAGGUUUCUGUAGCCUAUUAUAUGUUUAUAGAAUAAACUAGAUUUUGAAGUGUUCUCUAUUAAGGGAAUUAGAAUUUACCUUCUUCCUUUUCUCUCCCCACGCCCAGCUAGCCCUAUAAUGAUAUCUAGGUAGUAAUCAAUAAUUAGCUUAAGUAGCAGCCAAGUAAGCAAAGAUUUGGUGGAAGACGGAGUGGAAUGUCAGCAUUUGGACAGAAGGUAGAAUACCAGUUCGUGUUGGUCAUUAAGAAGUGGCUCUGUAUAAAAAACCAGGUGGAAAAAUUGUAAAAGCUAAUCAAAUGUUGCCAGUCAAAUAUCAUGGUACAUACAAUCUGAGAAUCACAUCAGAAUUUUGUGAUGAGAUGAGUUUCCAGUGGUAAGAAAGUCUCCUAGACUUGUCUAUCAUGCUGCUGUUAACAAUAGGUUUUUACUAUCUUCACAAUUUCCAUGUUGGACUUGAAGACUCAUGUCAAAAAGUAAUUUUUUUUCUUUCUGGACUUUAAGGAGUCUACAUCUCUCGAAUAGAAAUAGUUAACAGGCUGACUACCUAAACUCAAAAUAAAAAGUAACCUCUCCUACACAACAUUGGAGCAAGAUUAGCCCCUGGUUUAACUGCUGUACAUUCCAACACAUCUGUCAUUAAGGUGCAAAAUUUGAGAGGAAACACAAGUAAGCUUACUGAGAGCUGACUCCCUGUUAUUUAUACUUGAUACAAUAUUAAAGUAUUAGUUCUGACAAAUGAAAGUACACAUGCAUUCUCUGUGAUAUAUACAUGUACUCAUCAUGUCCAGCACAGAAGUAAAAUGCAUUUGUGUAUACAGGAGCAACUGCAGCCAAGAGUGUGGCAAGGAAGGGUCUGGUUGCUGGCUAACCUUGCCUGAUGUUUAGGAUUGUGGGCUUUUGUCAGACAGCUUUGUGCACUUGAUUUUAUUUAUGGCAUGUAAAAGAUAAUAAACAGCUUCCUUUUUAAGUUUA